UUGGCUCAGAGUCAUAUCAAGAUGGCGGCCUCCGGCGGAGGGAAGGGACAACGGGCUUUUGCCCAGAAAUUAAACAAGAAUCAACCUGCAGCUGACAUUCGGCGCCAGGUUUCUUCUCAUUACUCCGGCCGAGACUUGGCAAGGCUUGGAAUAGGAACAGCAGCUACAGGCACGGUUCCAUUAUCAGAGGUCGUUGACCCUUUGGAUUUUGAAGAAUUCCUAGAAGCAAAUCGAGCUCCAUAUAACAGAGACCCACUGCGUCACUUGUUGGAAUUUCCCGAUGACGACUUGCUGGUUACAUCUAAGACAAAAGAAUGCAGAACAGUCAACCAGCCCCUGCCAGAACCAGAUUCUGACAGUAACAUACAGGUGCGGGACUGUCUUCAAACAUACACCUGUGAUUGGGCAGUGGUCCUACGCCGGUAUCAGGACUGUGUGGCAGUGGAUCCCAAUAAAAAGGACACCCAGAGGAGCGUUGUAGAGGGCGCCUGUCAGCAGGUGUUUGAGGUAGAUGAGCAAGAACUUGAGGAGGAUAUACCUCAGUUUACCUUUGAUGAGGACAUGGGUUUUGAGAUCAUGAGCCCUGAUAUAUGGAAGAGUCUUCUGCCGUCCAGGUUCAAUUUGCCAAAGAAAAGGCCAGGGAAACGGUCAUCUAUCCACUUAGACAACACUCCCAGAGGGAGCUGGGCCUCCAGUAUCUUUGACCUCAAGAACACUGAGAGUGAUGCCUUACUUCCCCGUCUUCUGGAGCACACGCCCAUUGAUAGGCAAGACAGCAUCAAUGAGGAUGUUCGAGCCCAUAAUCGCCAAAGAGAUAUUUUUUGUCUUUAUCCUGUGGUUGAAGAGUCUGAGGCUAUUGAACGACGCAUGCCAGCUGAUGUGCCUAGAGAACAUUUUGGUUAUCGUAUCUUUGUCAAGUGUCUCACUCUCAAACUGGAUCUCGAAGUGGAACCAAUUUUUGCGUCCAUGGCACUGUACGAUGUCAGAGAGAAGAAAAAGAUUUCUGAGAACUUUUUCUUUGACCUGAACACGGAAGCCAUGAAGACAAUGAUUAAGAGUCACCUAGGCUACCCAGAUCCUUCCACCUUAGCUCGCAAUGCCAUCUUCUCCAUCACCUAUCCAACCAACGAUGUCUACUUGGUAAUCAAACUAGAGAAGGUCCUUCAACAGGGUGACAUCUCCGAGAGUGCUGAGCCUUACAUGAAAGAGCUGGAUAACCCAAAGCAUAUUGAGAAAGCAAAGGCAAAUGCUCGUUAUUACUGUGAGAAGCUGGGAGCUUAUCGCAUGCCCUUUGCUUGGACUGCCGUCCACCUUCUGAACAUCAUCAAUGGAGCAAACAGCAUUGAUCCCAAUCCUGAGAGUGCUGACAUGGAUAGAGCCAAGUCAAACAGUCUAGAUUUCAACCGCAAGAAGAGUGUCCCAGCUGACCAGAACUAUGGAUCAUUGCCGAGGAAAGGGGGAGAGGUGGGGCCAAGCAGUGGGCCCUCUGGAGGGGGCGGAGGAGCAAGUCUGAAGAGGAAUGGUUCAGAAAGGCGGAGCUUCUACAAGGUAGAGGAUGAAACAGGGAAUCUGGAAUCGUUCCAUCCAGUGACAAUUACAGUGUCAAGCUUCUUCAAGCAAGAAGGAGACAAGUUAUCAGACGAUGACCUGUACAAGUUUCUGGCUGACUUGAAACGACCAACAUCAGUUCUGAAAAGACUCAAGUGUAUCCCAGGUUCCCUGAAACUUGACAUCUCCCCAAUGCCUGAGAAUCCACCCUACUGCUUGACCCCUGACCUCCAACAGGUCAAACCUUACCCAGACAUGAGGACAAGACCAACCCGAGAAAUCCAGGAAUUCCCAUCCAGAGAUGUUUACCAUCCUCACAGCAUCUAUCGCAACCUGCUAUACGUCUAUCCCAACUCUCUCAACUACUCAAACCGAUCAGGCUCAGCUAGGAACAUUGCUGUCAAAGUUCAGUUUAUGGCUGGUGAGGAUCCCUCCACAGCUCUCAAGUGCAUCCUGGGUAAAUCCAGUUGUCCUGAGUUUUCUGACCAUGCUUAUACAUCGGUCACCUAUCACAACAAGUCACCUGAUUUCUACGAGGAGGUUAAGAUCAAGUUACCAGCUGACUUGGCUGAUUACCAUCAUCUGCUCUUCACUUUUUAUCACAUCAGCUGUCAACGUAAACAAGAUGUAACACCAGUGGAAACUCCAAUAGGAUACACUUGGUUUCCAAUGAUGCGUGAUGGUAGACUUCAAGUAGGUGACUUCAGUUUGCCAGUAUCCAUGGACGUGCCUCCCAUGGGUUAUUCCAUGCUCAGCCCAGAGUUACUCAAGUCACGUGCAUUGUCCAAGGCAGACAGCACCAGGACUCCUCAGGUGCAGCUGCCUACAAUGCGAUGGGUUGAUGGUCACAAACCACUGUUUACUGUGGAAAUCAAGGCAGUUUCCUCCAUCCAUGCACAGGAUGAAUAUGUGGACAAGUUCCUGAGUCGUUGCCACAAUGUAGAGGAAGGUAAGAUUCCUCGAAGCAUCGGUGAGCAAGACAUGAAGGCCAAGCUCGUGAAGAGCAUCAUGGAGCUAAACAAUGCUGUGGCUGAACCCUUGGUCAAGUUCCUGCCCAUCAUUCUGGACAAACUUAUCCUGAUGAUUGUUCGACCACCCAUCAUUGGUGGCCAGAUCGUUGACCAUGUUGGACAGCUUUGUUUUGAUACUAUUGCUGAGAUAGUGGACCGUAUCCACAUCCUUCUAGACAAGGGUCAAGACAGUCAUGGUCGGAAUUCCCUUCUUUGUUCCUUCAUCCAAUUUUACUUCAGGCCCCCAGAUACCGAUGAUGAAACUAUUGUCCAAGACAUCUCGCCACAAACCCCACCAUAUAAAUUCCGACUGCUAGGCAACUACGGUACCGUCGCUCGUUCCAAUAGCUUCACAGUCAAUCAGCGUUCAUCAUUGUUCUCAAGCACCAGUAGCUCCAGCCUAUCAGGGCCUGGUUCACCCGAUGAUGAAUUAGAAGGCAUGAUUCAUGGACGGUUCGGUAGCGAGCGGUACAAUGCACACUCCUUCAGUCGGUCUAGUCUCCUUGGUAACACCGGAAUGGGUAAUGUGCCAGUGAUGGGGCUUGGUAAUCGUGUGCCUCCAAAGAAGUUGGUUCAUGAGGAGAUUGCCCUGUUGUUAGUUGUCUCUAAUGGCUCAGCUAAAGAGAAAGUCCUCAAUCAUGCUUGGUUCUUCUUUGAACUCAUGGUAAAAAGUAUGGCACAGUUUCUCGCUGAAAAUGACCGAUUGGAUUCACCUAGGAAGACUCGGUUCCCUGAAGCCUACUGUCAGGAUAUCAGUAACAUCGUUACCAUUGUGACCACAGAUAUUGUUGCCAGAUAUAACAAGGAUGUACGUGCCAUGCAGCUACUCAAUGCUAGCCUGGCUUUUUUCCUGCAAGAUCUCCUCUCACUAAUGGACAGAGGAUAUGUAUUUGCACUCAUUAGGAACUACUGCAGAGAGGUUGCAAACAAGAUCACAGUCAUGACAGACCCUACCAGCUUGGCUCAACUCAAGCUAGAGUUCCUUCGUAUCAUCGUUAGUCAUGAACAUUACGUUACUCUCAAUCUGCCCUUCUUACAAUCUGAUGUGACAUCUCGUCCCCCAUCCCCUACCCCAUCUAUCAGUAGCAUGUCCUCAAUGAUGUCCUUAGCUUCUUCUCUGCCUACCAUCAUCAAUAAAUCCAAGAUGAUGCAACUGACACCCGAGUUCCGUCAACAACACUUUUUGACCGGAUUACUUCUGUCAGAUUUGGCCUGCGUACUGCAAACGCUGAACAGCAGUCUACAUCGUCAAGCUAUUGAUACUGUCUUCAAUCUCCUCAGUUCCCAUGACGCUGAUAAACGCUACCUAGAUGCCGACUGUCGUAUGAGAGUGGCUGCUCUCUAUCUUCCACUCCUAGGUAUUGUCAUGGAUGCUAUCCCUCAGCUAAACUGUCCAAGUGCUAGCUCUACCAAUCGGCCGUCAGCUGCCAUGGGAUACGAUGAUGCCGAGUUAGAUGGUUACCCAGUCAAUCAAUCUGUAGCUAUGGCCAUAGCGGGAACCAGUGUGUACGCUCGAUCUGAUGCCAAAGUGGAAUCUACUCCAUUACAGCGACCUCCUAGCCACACCAGACUGUCUGAGGAAUCCACUAAGGACCUGCUUCUGUGUGUCCUCUGGGUACUGAAGAAUUUAGAUCCAUGUACUCUGCAUAACUCAUGGGUGGACUUAUCAGUCAGUCGCAUCAACAAGCUCCUUGAUGUGCUGUAUUAUUGCAUCUGUUGCUUUGAGUACAAGGGACGGAAGAUGAUCUACAGACGACAGUCCAGACUGUCAUUGAAGAAGCAAGAUGUGAAACAACGUCUUGAAGAUGCCAUUCUUGGGACAUCUAAUGCUCGUAGUGAGAUGAUGCAAAGACACAGCAGACAGGGAUCUGGCUCAUUAGACAGACAUUUCAAUCCGGCUUUGGGACAAUCUGAGAAGCUAAGAUGGCGUAAAGACAAAACUCAUUGGAAGCAAGCGGUGGAGACGCAGUCUGAAAGGCCUAAAUCUGAGCUGGAGCAUGAUGCUAACCUAGAGGGCCAUCUUUCUACUGAGGUUUCGUUGGUGGUUCUUGACACUAUUGAGCUUUUGGUUCAGUCUAUCCAGAACACUGACCACCUGCAGGGCUGUUUGACAGGUGUCAUGGAGGUUCUGUUACACUCUCUUGCCUGUAACCAGAGCGUUAUUGUACUGCAGAAUAUUCUGGCUACUCAGAGAUCUCUGGUGUUUAAGUACCCAGAGCUACUCUUUGAGGAAGAGACAGAGCAAUGUGCUGAUUUGUGCCUGAGAUUGUUGAGUCAUUGCAGUUCCUGUAUCAGCACAGUCAGGUCCCAUGCUAGUGCCUCACUCUACCUGCUGAUGAGACAGAACUUCGAGAUCGGAAAUAAUUUUGCAAGGGUCAAGAUGCAAGUGACCAUGUCCUUGUCCAGUCUGGUAGGAACUCAGACCAACUUCAAUGAGGAGUACCUCCGUCGGUCACUCAAGACCAUUCUGAUAUAUGGAGAGGAGGACAUUGAGUUGCAAGAAACAGAUUUCCCUAAACAGGUGCGAGAUCUUGUGUUUAAUCUUCACAUGAUCCUGUCAGAUACUGUCAAGAUGAAAGAAUUUAAUGAAGAUCCAGAGAUGUUGGUUGAUCUGAUGUAUCGUAUUGCCAAGGGAUAUCAGACAUCACCGGAUCUACGCUUGACUUGGCUACAGAACAUGGCAGGCAAACAUACAGAACACAAAAACCACACAGAAGCUGCACACUGCCUGGUUCAUUCUGCUGCCCUGGUUGCUGAAUAUCUACAUAUGCUGGAGGACAGACCUUAUCUGCCCAUAGGAUGUGUUACAUUUGAGAAAAUCUCUUGUAAUGUUCUUGAGGAGAGUGCUGUGUCUGACGAUGUGGUUUCACCUGAUGAGGAAGGCAUCUGUACAGGCAAAUAUUUCACUGAGAGUGGUUUAGUGGGAUUAUUGGAACAUGCUGCUGCAUCCUUUAAUCUGGCUGGCAUGUUUGAAGCUGUUAAUGAGGUGUACAAGAUCUUGAUCCCAAUCCAUGAAGCUAACAGAGACUACAAGAAACUUGCUAUCAUCCAUGGCAAGUUACAGGAAGCUUUCAAUAAGAUUGUUCAUCUGGGUGGAAAGCGUCUCUGGGGAACAUUUUUUCGUGUUGGUUUCUACGGCUCUAAAUUUGGUGACGUGGAUGGAGAGGAAUUCAUUUACAAGGAACCGGCAAUCACUAAAUUGCCUGAGAUAGCUCAUCGACUGGAGAGUUUCUAUGGUGAUCGUUUUGGUGCUGAAAACGUAGAAGUGAUCAAGGAUUCCAAUCCUGUUGACCAGACCAAGCAAGAUCCAGAGAAAGCUUACAUUCAGGUCACCUACGUGGAGCCAUACUUUGACUUCUAUGAAACAUUGCAACGACCAACGUUCUUUGACCGCAACUACAACAUCAGGAGGUUUAUGUUUGCUACACCUUUCACCAAGUCAGGUAAGGCUCAUGGUGACAUCCGUGAGCAAUACAAGAGGAAGACAGUUUUGACAACAGCCAAGGCUUUCCCUUACAUCAAGACCAGAGUGGCUGUGGUCCACAGGCAGGAGAUUGUCUUGUCCCCUGUUGAAGUGGGUAUUGAAGACCUUCAGAAGAAGACUAAGGAACUAACAGUAGCCACACAUCAAGAACCUCCUGAUGCUAAGAUGCUACAAAUGGUGUUACAAGGAUGUAUUGGGACAACAGUGAACCAGGGUCCUAUGGAGGUAGCAUUGGCAUUCCUUAGUGAUAACACAGAUGGCAAACAGCUAGACAAGCACACCAACAAACUCAGAUUGUGCUUCAAGGAGUUCUCCAAGAAGUGUGGAGAUGCCCUCCGCAAAAACAAGAAUCUGAUUGCUCUAGACCAACGAGAAUAUCAGAAAGAGUUGGAACGGAAUUACCACCGCUUCACUGACCGCUUGAUGCCGCUUAUCUCUAACCCAGGCCGGGUAGGUGGAGGAACGUUGCGUAAGAGUGGUAGGAAAGAUCGACGAAGUAAAGGCUCCAUGACCAAGAUCAUUAAAACGAGUGAGACGCUGUAAAGAGGGUUAGGGCUACAGUUUGGAGAUGUGUAACAUUCGACAUGGAGUAUAUCUCUGGUCUGCAUGAAGUUAAGGGUUGGAGAAUAUCAGGACUCAAGAUAUAAGUCAAGGCUUCUUGCUAUAGUGUCUGUCUAUAUGUGGCAGGUAGCUGGGAGGAAAUACUUGGAUUUGAAUUGAUGAAAACUUGACAUGCAAAAAGUUAGGAAAUCUGCAAAAAACUUUGAAAGCUAUUAAAUUUCUUGACCAAACAGUAACAUGCUUUGUAUUUAAUUGAGAAAACCCUGUAUUUAAACCCUUAGCACUAUUUUAAUUUUUGUAUAUAACUCAGUUUGAACAUAGAGAUUCCCACCUUGUUAUCCAUUUUUUUUUCCUGCAUGAAACAAUGUAUCAAUUUGCAUUUUUUUAGAGAUUUUUUUAUUGUAAGCAAACUCAGUCUGACAUCUAUCAAUGCCAAAGUGCAGGCAAUCUACAGAUCGUUAUGUAUGUCACACAUUUGAAUUGCUGGUAAGUUUCUCUUUCAGUAAAGGCUUUUUAAAUGUUUACGAUGCAUUGUUUUUCUGUGAUCUGUUUAGUUUCACAAAGGUCUACCACUGUUAUUAAUUGACUGUAUUUCACUUUCAUAUUAACUUUUGUUUGAUUGACAGAAACAAAUUGUUCCCUAAUACAACAAUUUACUUGAAGGGUAAUGAGAGGAAAUGGGUGUGCAGUGUUCAUUGGGUUACAUUUUUUACCCGCUGGUAAAAUCUUGUGGUGGAUUUGUUGAGUAGCAAAAUUUUCAAACAACUGCCCGGUGCUGAAUUGGUUCUUAACAAGGCAACAGUUUACAGGCAGAAGUAAUGAGAAAUAUCAAUUAUGAUUAGAUUCAUCAGAUUAAGCUGGGAAAGCAAAAUGUUGAUCUACAUGAAAAAAGCACCCUUAAAUACUGACUUCAUUUUGAUUUUAUCCUUGGCCCAUCCCUGAUCACAUUGUGGUUUUUAGGUUUUUUGGUGUUUAGUGCAAUAGUGUGAGUACACGUAUCCCUGUAUUUAUCUUGCAAAAUAUGAAUGGUAAGUCACUGCAACCAUACACUUAAAACAAGUUGAAUUUUUCCAGUAAGUUACACAUCUCUCAUACAGCGUCUUUAAUAACUUCCAUUUUAAUAAAAGUUCUUUAGUGCGUGCACACUGUGCUUUUAUUAAGUCGCUGUAUUUCCAUUUAAUGUUACCCAUUUAUUCUUACGUUAUACAGUAAGUAUUCCAUUGACAGCAUUAUACAUGUAAACUACAAAUCUUUGUUUAAUGUACUCUACUGAUGCAUGUAUGGUAUACAUAAACAGGUUGUUUAAGAUGAGGCUAGGCACAUUUAGCAGAAGUUUCUUGAAGUCUUACAAGAAUGGAACAAACUUCUUUGGAGAUGUUACCAUUCAGCAUGAGUUUGAGAUCCAAAUUUGUAUGACGGUUUUUGCAGUCUUAAUUGAAGUACAUGAAGAAUUGUGUUGUAAGGAUAAGCAGGGCAGAAAAUUAGAAUCUAAUUAGAAUCUAGUUUUCCUUUUGUAAUAUUAUUGUCGUCGAAAUUGCCAGAUUUGUGAAUGAAAAAGAAAUAGUUUAAAAGAGUACAGUAUUCUCUGUUUCAAAUGGAGUUCAUAUAUCCUGUUUAUGCGGUAGAAAUGGUUUGCUACAUUCAUUCUUUAAUUAAUUCUAACCCCCUAUGGGGUAGGUAAAAUCAUAUUGAAAUCGGGGGAUUUGUGACUGUUCCGGUUCUAAUACAUUCAUGUUUCCUACAUUUUUUAAAAACACUUUAUCUUAAGAAGGAAAUUUAGUGCAAGUGGAAGUAUAUACUUUAAAGCAAAAAAACAGACACGUGUGAAAUGCAUCCAAUUUGAUGGCCACGGCAGUAUUCAUAAAAAUCAUUACAAAUUUUAAUUUUGUAGAAAACCUAAAAAUCUUAAUUCUUUUAAUUUCAGUCAAAAUGGCCCAGCUAAUUCUAAUCAAAUGAAACCUAAAAAUGUUCAUGUUUGCGUAUGUUCAUUAAAAUGGCAAGGCUAACCCCUUGAAAAUAGUAA